AUGGCGGUCAACCAGCUCGCCGUACCCGACCACCAGGUCGAGGUCAGGAAACCGCUCGUCCCUGACAACAUUCGCGGCUUCAUGGCAGGUGCAUUCUCCGGCAUGGCCAAGUGCACAGUCGGCCACCCUUUCGACACCAUCAAAGUCCGCAUGCAGACGUCCACGCUCGGGCAGUUCAGAGGGCCCCUCGACUGUCUCAUGCAGACCAUUCGCAAGGAGGGCGUGGGAGCAGUCUACAAGGGCGUUACUCCCCCACUUGUGGGCUGGCUGGCAAUGGAUUCGGUCAUGCUGGGCAGUCUGACGCUGUAUCGACGUAUGCUGAAGGAUAACGUCCCUCGAAACACCAUCCUUCAUCGAGUUGAGGAGGACGAGACUGUUGCAUUACGAUCAUUUGGACAUGGAAUUGCGGGCACCAUGGCAGGGAGCACGGUGUGUUUCAUUGCAUCACCGGUCGAGCAUAUCAAGGCUCGAUUACAGGUCCAGUACGCCGCUAACAAGGCGGAUCGACUAUAUCACGGUCCCGUCGACUGCCUGAGGAGAAUCUACAAGGCGCACGGUAUUCGUGGCGUGUAUCACGGCUUUCCAGCCACCUUGGUCUUCCGCUCCUUCUUCUUCUUCUGGUGGGGCAGCUACGACCUCUUCUCUCGUUUCCUUCACAAGCAUUCGUCUCUCUCCACACCAGCAAUCAACUUCUGGGCCGGAGGCGCCUCAGCUCAGGUUUACUGGAUCACGGCAUACCCGUCCGAUGUGGUCAAGCAGCGCAUCAUGACCGACCCUCUUGGUGGUAGCCUCAACGACGGGGUUCGCAGGUUUCCACGUUGGAUCGAUGCAGCUCGUGCUGUUUAUUCAGAAUCCGGCUGGAGAGGGUACUGGCGCGGCUUCGUGCCGUGCUUCUUGAGGGCUUUCCCCGCCAAUGCAUGUGCGCUGCUGGCUUUUGAAUCCGUCAUGCGAGGUUUGUCGUGA